GCGAUACUUACCUUGCUGCAAGUACCAGACACGUACUGCACUUCUGUUGCCACAUAUCACUUCAGAAGUUCAGACAAUCCAUCGGAGGAGUGGCAGCGAAAACAGAGUGGUAAUUAGUGCACCAUGGCCGCCGCCGCCGUGCCAUUGCCCGCAGUGAUGGUGGUCCUUGUCGGAGCGGCGGUCAUGCUCGUCGGUGCCGGCGCAGGCGCGGCCCGCGUGCGCGGCGGCCAACAACAGCAGCGGCUGAGGAUGGGGUUCUACGACAAGAGCUGCCCCGCGGCGGAGCGGAUCGUCGGCGACUACGUCCGGCAGCACGCCCGCCGCGUGCCCACCGUCGCCCCCGCGCUGCUCCGGACGCACUACCACGACUGCUUCGUCAGGGGCUGCGACGGGUCCAUCCUGCUCAACUCGACCAGCGCCGGCGCGGCGGAGAAGGACGCGCCGCCGAACCUGACGCUGCGUGGGUUCGACCUGAUCGACCGCGUCAAGGCCCUCGUGGAGGAGGCGUGCCCCGGCGUCGUCUCCUGCGCCGACGUCCUCGCGCUCGCCGCCAGGGACGCCGUCACCGCCAUCGGCGGGCCGUCGUGGCGCGUGCCGACGGGGAGGAGGGACGGCACGGUGUCGAGCAUGCAGGAGGCGCUCCGGGAGCUGCCCUCGCCGGCGAUGAACUUCCCGCAGCUCGCCUCCCUGUUCGCUCGCAAGGGCCUCGGCGUGCGCGACCUUGUCUGGCUUUCAGGUGCUCACACCAUCGGCAUCGCCCACUGCUCUUCCUUCGCCAACCGCCUCUAUGGAUACGCCGGCGCAGCCAACGGCAGCUCCCCGCCCCUCGAUGCAACCUAUGCCACCAACCUGCGGCAGCGCAAGUGCAGGAUGGGAGGCCACGACACUGCGGUGGAGAUGGACCCCGGCAGCUUCCUCACGUUCGACCUUGGCUACUACCAUGCGGUGCUCAAACAUAGGGCCCUGCUCCAGUCCGAUGCUGCGCUCGUCACUGACGCGGCGGCAAGGGCCGACAUAGCUGGUGUUGUAUCCAGCCCGCCAGAGGUGUUCUUCCAGGUGUUCCGGCGGUCGAUGAUGAGGAUGGGGGCCGUGCAGGUCAUGACUGGCUCCGAGAGGGAGAUCAGGAAGAGCUGCUCCGUGGUGAACAGCUAGGUCGAACUGAUAUGGGCAUAUGCAUGGUAUUUUUCCUGGAAAUUAUUCAGUGGAUACUGUAAUUUUCAACUGGUAUAUUCUCAUCAAAUUUUUGUUGCGAGUGGUGAUAAAACAACUGAGUCUGCAGCUUAAUUGUGAUCGGAGAAGAUAUGCCACAAAUACAAGAGUUAUUUAA